AUGGCUGCAGCCUGUCAACAGUAUUUCUCUGUGACCAGACCUUUGACCUACCGGGCCAAACGUACGACCAAAAGAGCUAUGACCAUGAUUAGCUUGGCCUGGUCCAUCUCCUUCAUUCUUUGGGCUCCGGCUAUACUGUUCUGGCAGUAUAUUGUGGGCGAGCGCACGGUUCAGCCAAAUGAGUGUUACAUCCAGUUUUUGUCCGAGCCCAUCAUCACCUUCUGCACCGCGAUUGCUGCGUUUUACUUACCAGUGAGCAUCAUGGCCAUUUUGUUUUGGAAGAUCUACCAGGAGACGGAGAAAAGAGCUAAAGAUGUUCAAGGUCUAAAGGGAUCUGGGGCCGGCACAAAGUCGAGCCAGGCUCAGGACCAGGACAACAGCAGUGGAAAAGAUGCAGUUAACAGCCAGAGGAUGUCACUAACCAUGCUGCGCCAGAUAAGCUCCCAGAGCUUCAGCAGCAGUGAAGUAUGUCUGUCUUCUCCAGAGGGAACUGGAAAAAACAAUUCCAAUUUGGCACCAGAAGCAAAAAAGCAAAAGUGCUGUGGAAUGUUAUGCUUCCAUCUCAAUUCAUCUAACAUGCCUGGUAACACUACAGCGAAUACUGUAGAUGAGGCAGAGCACAGCAGCUAUGAUGGCGUCACCAGCGAUGUGGUAGGAGCGAAAUCUGCAAAAGUAACUAUCAACCAGAGCGACCAACAUGAAGCGAGCAUCAAAGGUCAAACAGGACCCGAUUGUUUCACAAGCUCAUCUUCCCCUGACCAGUCAGUCGCCAAAGCAACCAGGGAUGCCCUUCUGGUCAAACGCUUUGCUUCCAAAGCAAAAAUAGAGAUCAAUAAGCGAAAGAAUGAAAAAAAGGCGAAUGAAAAGAAAGCAGCGAGGACUCUGAGCGCCAUCCUUUUUGCGUUCAUCACUACAUGGCUCCCGUACAACAUUAUGGUGCUGGUCAACACUUUCUGCCAGGACUGCAUUCCUGAAUCUCUCUGGGCUUUGGGCUACUGGUUGUGUUACGUUAACAGCACGGUGAACCCCAUGUGCUACGCUAUGUGUAACAAGACCUUUCGCACAACUUUCAGGGAUAUAUUAAUCUGCCAAUGGAAUCGAAACAGAAACAAACCCAACUUUUCUCAGAGGAAAGCUGUUGGCUUCCGAAAGGACAACAGAUAG